CCUCGUAACCGGAAGCGGAUCUGUGAGCGCCAUCUGUGAACAAGAAGCAUUUUGUGACUUCAGCAACUUUUGGAGUUUUGAUUGCAAUUUUGAGAAAUGUCGGACAGUGAGGACAGCGACAUCUCCGACGCUGAAAGUGAGGGCGGUCAGCUGGACCAGAGUCGAGGAAGUGAUGCGGGCAGCGAUGCGGGGAGUGGGAGCCCUGCAGGGAGUCCUAGGGGAGGCAGUGAGGGAGGGGGGAGUGAUGGCGGGGGAAGUGAUGGCGGGGGAAGUGGCAGUGAUGAAGGGAGCGACAAGGACGAGGGGGAGGAAGAAGAAGAUGAUGUAGCAUAUGACGAAGAUGAAGAUGAACGUCAGAGAAGAAAGAAACGUGCCAGAGUCAGCAAAUUCAUCAUUGAGGAGGCUGAUGUUGAUGAUGAGGGCGACGAAGAGGAUGACGUGGAGUGGGAGGAGGGCGCAGAGGACAUCAUCGACAAGAAGACCAUGCUGGAUGGGAACAGCGCACGCGAGAUGGAGAACCAUCAGAGGCUGCGGCACCUUUGGGACAGCCAACGUGAGGAUGAGAUCGAGGAGUACUACAGACAGAAGUAUGGGGAGACACCUGCCGCAGAGAGGUACGGCGAGGGAGAGGAGAUGUCAGACGAGAUCACACAACAGGGUCUGCUGCCUGGCGUUAAGGACCCCAACUUGUGGGUUGUCAAGUGCAGGAUGGGUGAGGAGAAGUCCACCGUCAUUCAUCUCAUGAGGAAGUUUAUUGCCUAUCAGUUCACAGAUGAGCCACUUCAAAUCAAGUCUGUGAUCGCCAAGGAGGGCUUGAAGGGCUACAUCUACAUCGAGGCGUACAAGCAGACCCACGUCAAGCAGGCCAUCGAGGGAGUGGGCAACCUCAGGAUCGGUCUAUGGCAACAGCAGAUGGUUCCCAUCAAAGAGAUGACGGACGUCAUGAAAGUGGUGAAGGAGACCACCAACCUCAAGUCCAAGUCCUGGGUCAGACUCAAGAGAGGUGUCUUCAAGGAUGAUCUUGCUCAGGUGGACUAUGUGGAGCCAUCCCAGAACGUGGUGCACCUGAAGCUGAUCCCACGUAUCGACUUCACCAAGCCCCGCGGAGUGUUCCGUACCUCAGCCAGUCAGGAGGCCGAGAGAAACAAGAAACGGAAGCGUCGCCCCGCACAGAAGCUGUUCGAUAUUGAUGGUGUCAGGGCUAUUGGUGGCGAUGUGUCAACUGAUGGAGACUUCCUCAUAUUCGAGGGAAACAGAUACAACCGGAAAGGUUUCCUCUUCAAGAGCUUCGUCAUGUCGGCCAUUAUUCCUGAUGGAGUGAAGCCAACACUGUCUGAGCUGGAGAGGUUUGACAACACACCGGAAGGUCUUGAUGUUGAUUUGGUACCCCAGAAGAAGUCAUCGACGUCGGAGGUCACCCACAACCUGGCCCCCGGGGACGUGGUGGAGGUGUGCGAGGGGGAGUUGGUGCAUCUGCAGGGACGUGUCAUCCGCACGGAGGGCAACAAGAUCACCAUCAUGCCCAAACACGAGGACCUGAAGGAUCCACUUGAGUUCCCAGCCCACGAGCUGCAGAAGUACUUCAAGAUGGGGGACCAUGUGAAGGUCAUCGGAGGACGGUACGAAGGAGACACAGGACUCAUCGUGAGGGUGGAGGACAACAUGGUGGUCCUCUUCUCUGAUCUCACCAUGCACGAGCUGAAAGUGUUGCCUAAAGAUCUACAGCUGUGUACUGAUAUGGCCACAGGAGUUGACUCGCUGGGACAGUACCAGUUUGGGGACCUGGUCAUGAUAGAUGCCCAGACAGUGGGAGCCAUUGUGAGGUUGGAGAAGGAGAACUUCCAGGUGCUCAGCAUGCAUAACAAGGUACAGAACUUAAAGCCCCAGUCCUUGACUAGGAAGAAGGACACACGGAACGCAGUCGCCCUGGACUCCGAGAACAAUAACAUUCAGGUCAAGGACAUUGUCAAGGUCAUCGAUGGACCUCAGUCAGGCCGAUCUGGGGAGAUCAAACAUCUGUACCGCAGCUACGCAUUCCUCAUGUCGAGAAUGGUGACAGAAAAUGGUGGUUACUUCGUGUGCCGGACUCGCCAUCUUGUGCUAGCAGGAGGAUCACGGCAAAGCAACACCAGCUUUAGUGCUGGAGGAUUUGUGCCAAUGUCUCCCCGUUUGGCCAGCCCCGCCCACCCAAGUGGUGGGGGCGGGGGCGGGGGCCAAGGGGGCGCGGGUAGAGGGCGUGGCGGCAUCAGUAAGAGAGACCGAGAGCUUAUUGGACAGACCGUCCGAGUGAGACAGGGCCCCUUCAAGGGUUAUAUUGGUAUUGUGAAGGAUGCGACCGAAUCAACAGCAAGAGUGGAGCUACAUGCCAGCUGCAAGACCAUCUCUGUAGACAGGAGUCGACUCGCCACACUCACUGGGCAGAAGGUCGGUGGUUUCACUUCCAGCUACCAGAAGACGCCCAUGUAUGGUGGCCAGACGCCUAUGUAUGGUGGCUCCAGAACUCCCAUGUACGGUUCACAGACACCAGUGCAGGAUGGGAGCAGAACGCCUCACUAUGGAAGUCAGACACCAUCCCAUGAGCCAGGCAGCCGCACCCCGGGAUCAUCCGCUUGGGACCCCUCCAGUGCUAACACGCCAUCCAGACCAAAUGAAUUUGACUUCAACUUUGAUGAGUCACCCUCUCCAGCUGACUAUGCCACGACUCCGAACCCAGGCACCCCUGGGUACCAGGCGGACACACCCAGCCCCAUGGGGCCCUACACCCCCCAGACUCCAGGCAGUGCUUACUCCCCCUACCACCAGGCCUCCCCCUCUCCAGCCAGCUACCAGGCUCCUAGUCCUGGCUAUGUAGGCACCCCCAGCCCUGCCGGGUACCAGGGCAGCCCGUCCCCCGGGGGUUACGCAGGCACGCCCUCGCCCAUGGGUUACAGCCCCAUGACCCCAGGGGCUCCGUUCACUCCACAGACACCAGGCACAGCCAUGGACCACAGUAUGGCUGACUGGCACACGCAGGACAUCAUGGUGAAGAUCAAGGAGACCCACGAUGAUCCCAACCUCAUCUUCCAGACCGGGGAGAUCAGGAGCGUCACUGGAGGGAUGUGUUCUGUGUACAUCACGGAUGAAGACAAGGUCGUCAACGUGUCCUGUGAGCACCUGGAACCUGUGCAGCCUGAAAAACAGGACAAGGCCAAGGUCAUCCUUGGAGACGAGAGAGAACUGACUGGCACCCUGCUCAGUAUUGACGGAAUCGAAGGUGUGAUCAAAACGGAUGGCGGCGAGAUCAAGAUGCUGCCGAUCAAAUACCUGUGCAAGAUGCCUGCUUCAUGAUGGCCCAGCCAGCAACAAUCUUAGAUUAUAAGUCCUACUUUGAUGCCAGAAUCAGUUGGUCAGAUCCUCAAGAUGAGGCCAUUUUCUUUUUGUCUACAAGUCCUCUGUCAUCACAACUGAAGAAUAAGAAACAAAGGGGGACAACUCCACCAAGAUAUUUUAACACACAUCCCUAUUAGCAUAUACUGAAAAGUAGCUAAAGAACACCUAAUUUUUUCAAUGACUAGUUAACCUGUCUUGAAGUUCUUUAACUUCUUUUGAGUAGUAUGUGUAUUUCUAUUUAAAGGAUAAAAGUUAAUUUUGAAAAUUACUCCGGCAAUAUCAAUAGUGAUAGCAUAGAAGACAUCAAGAUGUUACUUUUUGCUGGUCAAUUUUCACCUUGUUUUAGUCAUCAAGUCCAAGCCAUUUCUCUGCUUGUGUUUGUGGAAUCAUUGCAUUGGCUCCAUGUGCCUAUGUCUUUAGAUGUGUAUAUUCUGUAGGAAUGAAUGCAUGAGGCUUAUAGUGUGAUCAUCUUGUAUUGGGGGAGGAAGAGACAGGAGUUACUGGAUGCUCAGCGGAUACAUUCACAGGACCAGCACUUAACAUCAUGUCAGAGUGAGAUUGUAUUGUCAAUGUAGCAGGGCGUGGAGACAUCCCACAGAUGACAUCCUUACCUUGUUAGCUUGCUGACCGGGUUAACCUCUUUGGUCAUGUGGACAAGGCGUCAUACCUCGGAUCAGAAGGUCUGUGGUUUGAAUCCCAUCAUGGGACUCAGAAAUUUUAUGGCCGCUACAUUAGCACCCAAUGUGGGGCUGAGCACGUUCAUGUAAAAUUUGAUCAAAAUAAGUCUCAGUACCCUAGUAUGCGGCCUGGGACGUGCCUUCUGUUGAAAUUUUAUGGCCGCUAUAUCAAGACAUAAAAAAACAAACAAUUGCAUCUCAGGCAUUGGUGUUUCAAAUAUACUGAAAAAAAGAAGUUAGAGAUUAUGAAUAUUUUUGGCGAUAUAGUUUUGUACAUGUGAGGAAGACUGAGCGCACAAUUUAAUAAACGUUCCACAAAAUAGUCGUGAUAUGUCAGCCAUUUUUUUUUCAUCAGUCUCAAAAAUGUACUACCUGGUUUCAGAAUGUUCUUAUGUGUGUUUGUGAAGAUAAAAUUAUGCUUUCAUGCGGGGUUUUGUUUGCUGAAAUGAACAUGUGUAUAUGGGAAAUAAAAUAUGAAAAUACCAAAGCUUUGGACGAAAAGGGAGGUGUACAGUUGUGAGUGUAACCAUGGUAACCUUGCUUGUGUGUGUGUGUGUGUGUGUGUGUGUGUGUGUGUGUGUGUGUGUGUGUCCACAUGUUGAGCUUCAUCCUGCAUCACCCCGGAGCUUGGGUUGAUGCUGUUACUGCUUGCAGUAUUAGAAAAUACUUUUCAUUGUUGGAAAACAAGAAUAUUGAAAGUGAGUUUGUAAAAUUUAUGAUAUUUAAGGGAAUAAACAUGGUGAAAAUGUU